AUGGCUGUACUUUUCAGGCAGGCCUGGCUUCCUCAGGAAGGACGUGUGUUGCAGCUCCUAUAUGCAGACCUCUACUAUCCAGUCUCCAAUGAAACAGCUCUGGACAUUCAACAAUUGGUGACAGGUAAAAACACCCUGAUCACCCCCACAUCAGCAGGGACCUCACAACAUUCCUCUUGCCUAGAAAUUCUAUCCAUCUCUGGAGUGUCUAAGCAGAGUCUGCAACUGCAUUCCAAAAACUCCAGAGAGCUUUUACUGGUGUCCGUAACCUCCACACUGUUACAAUUAAUGGAUCAGAAAUCCUUAACCCAGACGGCUGCCCCAUCAACCAGUGUGGUCAUCAUCCAAGAUCACUGGGAUGAACACCUGCAGCUAGGGAAGGGAUUUCAACUGUCAGAUGUGCCCAGGGAUCCAGGAACUACCCCUUCUUCAAGACUUGAGGAGACUAGAGUUCCUGUGAGCCAGCAAGAGAUGAUGUAUAGCCACCACCAAUUUUUCCACGGGAACCAAGGCCAGCAGCCCUUGAGAUCCCAUGGCUCUCUGCUGUUCCUGACCACAGACCUCACGAAUCUGACACAUGCUAUGGCCAUGCAUAUGGUCACUAUCUUUCCUGCCCACCUCCCAUUACUCAGUCCUGAACUUCUCAGGCUUCUUGAGGUCCAUGUAAAAAAAUGGAUGCAUUUCCAGAGGUGGGGACUCCCCAGACAUGUGGAAAAGUCCCUGAGGCAGCUUAUGCCACACACACCAGUAACUUUCACCAAGAAUGAUAAUUUCAACGCUUUUGUCGAAACAACUGGGACCAUUUCCCACAAGACCAGGGGUUCAUGUAUGCUCAACCAGCCUACUCAGGCAUUCUGGCUUCUUAAAUGGUCCAUCAGGGACCAAGAACAAAGCUGCCACUGCCAGAAAACCCCAAAUCCUCUGGCUCUGGCCUUGCCCUCUCCAGCCCUUACAGUUCUAAAUGGCCUCUAUCCACAACCUGAGAGACAGGCUGAAGACUCAGGUGAUUGUCUGAACCAGAAGCACAGCCAGCUAUUCUGCGGCUUCUUUUGUCUAACCAGUGAGUCCCUGGUUGUCACUUACAUUGAGUUUCACGGGAUUUCCACAAACAGGGGCAUACCCCAAUUUCCCUUAAAUGUUCCUUUUUUCUUCAAUGAGCGCUCCUUCCUCCCACUCUUGCCUAAUAAUCCACCCCAGUCAGCUUCACCUUCUUCCACAUCCGCCCCAAAUUUGGUCUCUCCAACUGACCAUCAACAAAACCAGAGCAAUAACCCAUUUUGGGCUCUGGCCAAGUUCAAAGCAUUGGAGUGGAACCUGCUGCAGAGCCAGCCCCAGGUUAGGUGGGAAUUGCCAGCUGCUUUGGAGAGAUCUCAGUAUGCCCAGAGUCUCAGGCAAUAUAACCCCUGUGACACGGCCCAGUCUCCUGAGACCCUGGGGUCUUCCUGGUCCAGGAAGCCUGUCUCACUCCUCAUGGGGGAACAACUCUUCUUCUCAAACCAUGCCCAGAGGGUGCUGGAGUUCCACCUCCAAAAGCUGUUAAUUCCCCAUCAUUGGGGCGUGUCUCAGAGGAUCAAGCAGUCCACUGCAUUGUUCCUAUCCCCUGCUGACCAACAGCCUCUGCCCUUGAGCAGUAAAGCCUUGGACAAUGUGAAUGUCCCCUGGUCUGCAGCCCCAGAAGUCAGUGGGGUUAGUGACCUGAUCUCACUCACAUUGGCCCCAGUGUCAGACUCCAUGCCAUACUUGCUCACCCAGACCAAAGCAAUACUGCAGAGCCACAUCAACUCCAAAUGUUGGCAGACCCUCCAGGGCACUGUCAUUGCCCAUAUAUUUAUCUCCCGGGACUGCAGAAUUCCUGGAAGCAUGGAAGUAGCUCAGUUCCCCUGCACUCUGGAAAACAAGCUCCUAGAGCUGCAGGCAGUAGCUUAUCCUGAGAUAUAUCAGAAAGUUAUGCCUUCACAGACCCUGCCAGGUGCCGUCAUUGACCACACUAAGCUGUCCAGAUCCCUGCCCAAGGGAGCCAUGGAGGAGCUGGGAACUAAUUUACAGGACAAACAUCUAGUCUUCCUGUCAGGGCUGCCUGCUCUCUAUUAUUUGGCUCCCUCCAAGGCCACGGGCCCGCCAAUCACUAGCCAAUCUGAAAUCGCAAAGAUAAUGCCUGAGCCUGUUGAAAUCACACCAGAGCCUCUGACUGAAAUGAUCUCCUAUGAAAAACAGUGCAUAAGUCCCUGGCCAGGCCUUCAAGACAACGAGACUGGUGCAGACGGUGCACAAGAGUUCCUCAUUAAAGUGCAGGAGGAAAAAACAAAGGAGAUGGUGCAUCUGGAAAGUCGAACAGAUGCUGCUAUUCUAAAGGCAAUCAAAACACCCAUCUUGACCCAUCUAAAUUUCCACCUGAGAAAAAAGGUCCUAAAGAUACAUCUGGGAAUUCCCAUAAAGGUAAGGGAGUCCCAGAACCAAUCUGUAGCAGUCUUAGAGAACUUACCCACACAGGAGGCACUUGGGAGUCUAAACAACCAAGGGAAAACAUCCCUCCAGGAAUUCCCCAUCCCAAUUGUCAGUCCACAUGCCCCAGAACAACAAUUCACCUGCCUUAGAAAGCAGCUGAUUGUUCAGCUAAAGGCAGUACAGCAGAGGAAGAAACAAGCUAGUUCCAGAGCAGGGCCCCAUGGCUCUGCCCACCGGGUCUCUAAGAUCUCACAAGUCAGCGAGGACACAGCAGAUGCCCAGGAGCUUUGUGCUCAGCUAGAAGCCAGAGUGGACAGCCCCUGCCUGGAAGAGGCCUGGUGCCCUGAGUCCCAAGUCCCUGGCAAGACCAACAACUCAGCCCAAGUACCCACACUGGCAGUGAAGAAAGAGUACCCACAGAAACCGAAACCACAAGGGGACACUAGAGAACAGAAUGCAAGGUUUGGGCUGCCCUCACCCACAGAAAACAGACCCCCUGCUGAAGACCAGAAGCCAGCAGGGUUAUCUAUGAACUGGACACCCCGAGGUCCCUGGCAAAGGAGUCAGAGCUUUGAUAUUACAGCCUCCUGUCAGCAGAGUCCUCAGUACUGUCCUCAGUUUAAGCUCCCAAAACUACCUCCAGGGGCUCCUGGGGGAAAAGACUCUGAGAAGAAUGACGUGGAGGACAGUGAAAGCCACCUGAAUGUCGUUUCAGAACCAGCCAGGAUUCCUGGGACUGCCCAGCCUAUGGUGCCCCAGGCUUCACAGGGCCGGUCUUCGCUGGGCCCACUAAUUCAGGGUAAGACUUUGCAGGACAAAAUUUCAUGUAAUGACACUCCAGAGGAGCGAGUGAGACUAGCUCAUACUCAGAAGAGCCCUGGCCUUCCAAAACCUGGCUUAAGAAAUAAGGUGAAGUACCUUUUUAGCUGUAUUAAUUCCAAGACAGUAGAUGAGAAAUCCAUGUUUUCCCCAGAGAAGAAAGUGACGAAAACACAAAAAAACAGUCUUAAGAAGAGCCUGGCCCCAGCCAAAGGCCUGUGGGACAAGCUAAGACAGAGAAAAUAA